CCAACAUUUUAGAUGGGAAAUGCUUCAGACACAUCCGCUGUGUUUUCCUCCACCAUCUCCAAGGAGCAUGACAUCCUCAUGGGUUCACUCUACAGCAUAUUCUGUAUAUUGUCCCUCAUGGGCAACUGCAUUCUGCUACUUGUUGCAUAUCACAAGCGGUCGACCUUGAAGCCAGCAGAGUUCUUCAUCAUCAAUCUCUCCAUCAGUGACCUUGGGAUGACACUCUCUUUAUUCCCACUGGCAAUACCAUCAGCUUUUUCACACAGGUGGCUGUUUGGAGAAAUCACCUGUCAGCUCUAUGCUAUGUGUGGAGUACUGUUUGGUCUGUGCAGCUUGACCAACCUCACAGCCCUCUCCUUAGUCUGCUGCCUUAAAGUCUGCUUCCCUAACCAUGGUAACAAGUUCUCCUCGUCACAUGCCCGCCUCCUGGUGGUUGGAGUGUGGUGUUACGCAUCUGUGUUUGCUGUAGGGCCCUUGGCACAGUGGGGACAUUACAGUGCUGAACCUUACGGCACAGCCUGCUGCAUUGACUGGCAUGCACCCAACCACGAGCUUUCAGCUUUGUCUUACAUUGUCUGCCUUUUCGUCUUUUGUUAUGCACUGCCCUGCACCGUCAUCUUCCUCUCCUACACUUUCAUUCUGCUGACAGUGCGGGGGUCACGUCAGGCCGUCCAGCAGCAUGUGUCACCACAGACCAAGACCACCAAUGCACACACUCUCAUUGUCAAGCUGUCAGUAGCAGUAUGUAUAGGCUUCCUGGGCGCCUGGACCCCCUAUGCUGCUGUGGCCAUGUGGGCUGCUUUCGGAGACGCUACACAAGUUCCUCCCGCUGCCUUCGCCCUGGCUGCUGUGUUUGCCAAGUCUUCCACCAUCUACAACCCUGUGGUCUACCUGCUCUGUAAGCCCAACUUUCGCGAGUGUCUCUACAGAGACACGUCUAUGUUACGACAGAGGAUCUACAGGGGAAGUCCACAGUCAGAUCCGAAAGAACGUUUCGGAUGCAACUCACAUCGCAAUAAGGACACAAGCGUCUCCAUACGCUUCUCAAGUGGACAGCCGGAGAGCUACGGGGCGUGUCUGAACUGCACUGAGAAUGCAGCACUAUGUCACGUGACCCCGGCCCAAAGGACUGCCUGCAUCCUGACUGGAUCCACCUACAGAGAGGUGACAGUUAGUCAGCUCUCAUCCAAACCACAGGCUGAUUUCCUCUAG